AUGCGCGCCAGCAACCGCGAGAAGACGAGAGAAGCGCCGCGCCUGCAAAGAAGCCGGCACCAGGCUCCAAAGUCGAAGAAGGGCGGAAGAAAAGAGCCGGCAGGUCAACCCGCGCCGGAGCCCCGUCCGCUGCCGCCGGCCCCUGCCCUCAAUGGAGACGCCAUGGGUCGAGGUGGCCAGAAGGAAGAAGAAGGGGAGGCCGACAGCAGCGCCGUCAACCAGCCGGUCGGCAAAUAUGUCGGCUUGAGGAAAGCCCAGCUCGAGCGGGAUAAGCUCCAGCGCGAGGAGGCGAAGAAGAAGGCCGACAAGGAGCUGGAGGACCGGCUCCAUUUCGUCAAGUCGCCGAUCCCUCCCAAGGUAUCAGACACCGAAGAUGAGGACCGACCCGUGCUGAGGGAAGACCUAAGACAGUAUGUAGACCAACCUGAGUCCGCUGCAAUCGCUCUCUUCGAGAGCGAGGCAAAGAAGUGGCAGGAGAAUUGUGCCCGGCUCGAGGCAAACAUGAAGACCAUCCAGGAGGAGAACACAGCUCUGAAACGACGCCUCGAAGAGCUGGAAGCGGCCGCCAAAGGGCCAACAACAGAAGAGAUGCUGGCGAUGGUCGAAGCGAGGGUCCAAGCCUCGAAUGGAGUCGAUCCUCAUGGGCCCAGCGCAACGGCCACCGCUGGCACACGAAAGAAGACUACUCCCGGGGAUGUCCAACUCCCGCGCUCCGCCGCAAGCCGUAGCGGGCCCUUCUACUGCGGCGGCGUCGACACCGCGAUGGCGCCAGCAAGAAGACGCGAGAAGAGCGCGGCGGCUGUAAAGAAGUCGGCUCCAGGCUCCAAGCCGAAGAAGGGCGGAAGAAAAGAGCCGGCAGUUCAACCCGCGCCGGAGCCCCGUCCGCUGCCGCCGGCCCCUGCCUCAAUGGAGACGCCAUGGGUCGAGGUGGCCAGAAGGAAGAAAAGAAGGGGAAGUCGACAGCAGCGCCAACAAAUCAGCGCGCAGCCGCCAAAACCUACGCGCCGGAAGGAACCCAAACUGCGGCCGCCACGAUCUGCGGCCGUGGUAAUCUCGCUGACGCCGGCAGCAGUGGCAAAGGGUCUGACGUACAAGGGCGUCCUCACGGACGCACAGAAUCGCGUGGACCUCACCGGAUUGGAUAUCUCGAGGCUAAAGCCGAAGUUCACGGCCACGGUUCCGGCUGGAGAGGCGGAGGUCGGCGGGUGCAAGCCCAAUGACGUAGACGAGGUGCAGGAGAGUGCGGCUGAAAGGCCCAUGGAGGUAGCGGCCGAGUUCACAAGGCCUUUUGACAGCUUCGGAAUCGACUCCGAAUCAAGUGAGAGUAUGUCGUCGGUCCGUAGCAAGAAAUUCUGGAGACGGCACUCUCGCUCCAAGGAGAGCGAAAUAUGCUUGACGAGCGAGACUGACGAACCGGCUCCGAAAGCGGUCACGACUGAUGGCAGAGGACGAGGGCGUCCGCCAUCUACCGGGCAUUAUGCGGGCCUUAAAAAGGCCCAAAAAGAGCUCGACGCUCGAAGGCGGGAGCAAUCCCGUCAAAGAAUGGAGAAAGAACUCGAGGAUCAACUUCGACAAGAAAAACGGCCGGUGACCUCGAAACGCAUGGACAUCGAGGAACCCCGAGUCAUCUCGAAGGAAGACCUGCUACACUGCGGUCAUAUGCCGGAAUCCGAGUUGAUGGCACGCUUAGAAAAGGAGGCACGCGAGUGGAAAGAGCGCGGAGCCCAACUUGCGGAAUCCGUGAAAAAGUUGCAGGAGGAAAACAGCUCCCUACGGAGGCGCCUAGAAGAACUAGAGGCGUCUGCCAGUAAGCCUUCUACGGAAGAAGUGCUGGCAAUGAUUGAGGCAAGGGUGCAGGCCAGGAUGGAGUCUAUCCAGAUGGGCCCGGCACAGCGCCCCCCAUUGGCACACGAACGAAGGACUACCGGGGAUACGCAACUCCCGGUAGCGGAUGGUAUCGUUGGGGGAGCGCAAAGUAAGCAGCCAAAGGGCAAAGGUAUUGGGAAAAAGUCGGCCAAGCCUGCACCUGCUCCCGCCCCGGCUCCCACUAUCCCCGUUCCUGUUGCUGGGCCCUCCAGCGCCCCGCCGCAAGUCAUAGCGGGUCCCUCCUCGGCGACGGCGGCUGUGACGCCCACGACGGCACCAACAGCCAGAAAAAACCGCGAGAAGAACGGUGCACCUGAAAAGAGGAAGGCGCCAGGCCCCAAAACAAGAAAGGGAGGAAAGAAAGGACAGGCAGUGCAACCAGCGCCGGAGCCCCGUCCGCUGCCGCCGGCCCCUGCGUCAAUGGAUACGCCGUGGGUAGUGGUGGCCAAGAAGUCAAAGAAAGGGAAGCCCGCUACAGCGCAAGCGGCCAAUGCACAGCCGCCGCAGCCGACGCGCAGGGCGGAGCCCAAAUUGCGGCCGCCACGCUCCGCGGCGGUUAUCAUUUCCCUAACGCCGUCGGCGGUGGCCAAGGGGCUGUCGUACAAACAAGUACUGACGGACGCCCAGGCGAGAGUUGACCUCACCGGCCUUGAUAUCAGCAGGUUGAGGCCAAAGCUGAGGGAGUGCCUCGGGUCGGAGGAUGUGAAAGUAUCCCGACCCACAAAGACUGUAGAACUGCGGCUGACGGAGCUGGACUACACGGCCACUCCGGAGUCAGUCGCAGCGGCCCUCUCAAAGGCCGGUGAGUGCUCCUCGGAGCUAAUUAAAGUAGGGCAGAUUCGCCCCGAUCGCGACACCGACGAACCAGCGCCAAAGUCGCAAACGACUGACAGCAGAGGGAGAGGACGCCCGCCCUCAGUCGGCAAAUAUGUCGGCAGGCUUGGAGCUCAGCUCGAACGGGAUAAGCUCCAACGCGAAGAGGCGAAGAAGAAGGCCGACAAGGAAUUGGAGGACCGGCUCCAUUUUGUCAAGUCGCCGAUCCUUCCUAAGGCAUCAGAGACCGAAGAUGAGGACCGACCCGUGCUGAGAAGAGGACCUAGAGCACCGGAACAGAGGUCGUUACCGUCUGGAGUGGAGAACGGUGAAAAGUGGCAGGAGAACAGUGCCCGCCUCGAGGCGAACAUGAAGCUAUUCAAGAGGAGAAUACAGCCCUCCGCCGCCGGCUCGAGGAACUAG